AUGCAGCGACCGUUAGCCAAUCGAGCAAAAGAACCAGUUUCUCCUUUAGGUGUCCGUGUCCCCAUGAAAGCGGGAGCGGCUGCAGGUCACCUGGUAGUAGCGGGCGCUCGCUCGUCUGGUUCCGUAUCGGCACCCUCGUUUCGUCUUCUCGCCGUCCUCCUCCUCUGCCUCGUCGGCGCGGAGCAGGCGGCCCCUGCUGCCGGUGCCGGAGAGAGGCGGGUGGACGUGGGGGUGAUCUUGGACCGGACGACAUGGCUGGGGAACAUCAGCUGGGCGUGCAUGGAGCUGGCCCUCGAGGACUUCUACGCCGACGCGAGCCACGCCAGCUACAGCACCAGGGUCAGGCUGCACCUCAGGGACACCCCGGCCGGGCCGAGGGCCGUCGACGCCGCGUCCGCAGGUGUUGAUCUACUAAAAAAUGUCCGUGUGCAAGCAAUCGUCGGGCCACAGACAUCUACUCAAGCUAAAUUUCUUGCAGAGCUUGGGAACAAGGCAUCAGUUCCAAUCAUUUCCUUUUCUGCAAAUAGCCCGUCCCGAUCAUCCAGCCAGACCCCAUACUUCAUCAGGACAGCAUGGAACGACUCCUGUCAAGCUGAAGCUAUUGCCUCACUUGUCCAGAAAUACAAUUGGAGGGAAGUCAUUCCUAUCAUCGAGGACGAUGAUUCCAACGCUAGAUUCAUCCCUGAUCUCGUUGAUGCCCUGAGACAUGUCGAUACUCGUGUUCAGUACAGGUGCAAGAUCUGUCCUUCUGCUGGAGAAGAUGAGAUAAAGCGUGCUAUAUCAAGCUUAAAAGAAAAUUGGACAAGCGUCUUUGUUGUGCGCAUGUCAUAUCAGUUAGCCCUUAAGUUUUUCCAGCUUGCUAAGGAUGAGGGAAUGAUGGGCCAGGGCUUUGUCUGGAUUACAGCAUAUGGUUUGACUGAUAUCUUCAAUGUGGUUGGUUAUCCUGCACUUGAUGUGAUGGAAGGUGUUGUUGGGAUCGAGCCUUAUGUUCAAGAAACUGCGAAACUAAACAAAUUUAGACAAAGAUGGCGUGAGAAAUAUAGGUCGGAAAAUCCUGGUACAUCAAUUAAUGAGCCUAUAACGUCUGGUCUAUAUGCAUAUGAUACAGUAUGGGCAAUAGCAUUAGCAGCAGAGAAGGCCGGAUAUGUUAAUUCAGACUUUGUUCUGUCUGAAACAAACAAUGGCUCCACUGAUUUCGACAAACUGAGUACUUCUAGGGCUGCUGAAAAUUUUUGCAAUGUAUUCUUGAAGGUUAAUUUCACAGGCAUUAGUGGGCAAUUUGUCAUUCAGGAUAUGCAGUUAGUAUCAACAACUUACAAAAUUAUCAAUGUAGCUGGUCGGGAGAGGAGAGCAGUUGGUUUUUGGACUCCAGGAUUGAACAUAUCCAGAAUUCCUAUCGUAUGGCCAGGAGGCAGUGAGAAGACACCUAGAGGAUGGCUUUUGCCAGUGAAUAAAGAACUCAAAAUAGGAGUACCUGUGAAACCUGGGUUUAGGAGAUUUAUAAGAUCUGAAAAUGGUAUCCCCAAGGGGUUCUGCAUUGAUGUAUUUGAGGAAGUCAUUGGUAAACUGCCCUACAAAGUUCCCAAGCAUUAUGUGGAGUUUGGAAAUGGAAAAGGAGAAAGUAAUGGAACUUAUGAUGAACUCGUCUACAAAGUUUAUCUUAAGCUAUGUAUGGACCUAUUUUUCUUGCAUUUUAUUCCUUGUUACAGUCAAACUGGAGGUGUUGAACUUGUAGUUAAAUACUGGCCAGGUGACAUAACAAUUUUGGCCAACCGUUCUCUAUAUGUGGACUACACUCUUCCUUAUACUGAGUCAGGGGUACGCUUGCUGGUUCCAGUUCGGGACCGGAGACAGAAGACUGCAUGGACAUUCCUAGAACCAUUGACAGCUGAUCUAUGGUUAGGAGCUGGAGCCUUCGUUGUCUUCACAGGUUUUAUAGUUUGGUUUAUCGAGCACAGAACGAAUCAGGAAUUCAGAGGACCGCCAGCCAGUCAAAUUGGAUCAGUCUUCUACUUCUCCUUCUCAACACUUGUAUUUGCUCAUAGGGAGAGGAUUGUGAACAAUUUAUCAAGAAUUGCAGUAGUUGUUUGGCUUUUUGUGGUGCUAAUAUUGCAGCAGAGUUAUACUGCAAGCUUAAGCUCAAUUCUCACGGUAGAACAGCUUCAACCAACAGUCACCAAUAUAGAUGAAGUUAUCAGACGAGGGGAUUAUGUUGGCUACCUCAAUGAUUCUUUCAUGCCUGAGCUUUUGAAAAGGUUGAAAAUUAAUGAAACAAAAAUGAUCGCCUUCAGCUCUCCUGAGGAGUACAAUGACGCCCUAUCAACUAGAAAAGUUGCCGUCAUUGUUGAUGAAAUACCGUACCUCAAAAUGUUUCUCUCAAAGUAUUGCCACAAGUACACUAUGGUUGGGCCAACUUACAAAUUCGAUGGAUUUGGUUAUGCGUUCCCUCGAGGCUCUCCACUUACACCUGAAAUUUCAAGGGGAAUACUGGAACUAGCAUCAAAUGGCACAAUGGAUGAACUGGAGAAACAGUUGUAUGGUGAUACAUCGUACCCAGACAAAGAUGACUCCCAAACUUCAAGCAGCCUUACGUUGCAUAGCUUUCUUGGGUUGUUCAUCAUCACUGGGACAACUUCAUUACUGGCACUGAUUUUGCAUGUCACUAUAACCCUUUAUGAUCAUCGGAGUCAUUGGAUCAAUGGCAGCGGUCAGAUAUCAUGGCAUGAAUUGCUUGCUAUUCUCUUCAAGAUUUUUCAUGAGCGUGAUAAUAGCUCUAAUACUCCGGAUGAAGAGGAGCCUGGAAUGGAAGAUAUAGAUCCUCCUACAGCUGAGAGUCCAUGGAGCAUGUCUAAUCACAUCAUCGAGAAUGUUGAUUCAGACACUGAUACGGGAAGCACACCAGAAGGAGAAGGAACUCCGGGCAGGGAAGUUUCAAAUCAGGAUCCUGGUCCACCAUCAUUUGCAUACAUGCAUUCUGAGGGGGCAAUGGAGUAA